GGCAGGCCACAGACGGGAGGGAGGGAAAGGAGGCCGCCAAGGAGGAGUUUUCCAGCCUGGCCUUAGCGGCUCUGGCUCACUACAACAGCCCCUCUGUCUCUUGGCUUCCUCCAGCCCCUUAAGUGCGCUGCUCAUGCUGCCCAGCAAGGGAAUGCGCCGGCUCGCCAUGGGGAGCCUGGGACUCAGACCCAUGCUGUGGCUGCCUCAAGUGCUGCUGCUGUUGCUGCUGCGCGUCCCGCAGAGCUGGGGAUUUCCAGGAUCUGGAGACUCACCUCUAGAAGACGAUGGAGUCUGGCAUUCACACUCUCUCUAUCAAGACACUCCAUGGUGCUCCCCCAUCAAGGUGAAGUAUGGGGAUGUUUACUGCAGGGCCCCUCCAGGUGGAUACUACAAAACGUCCAUGGGGACCAGAUGUGACAUUCGCUGCAGGAAGGGCUACGAGCUUCAUGGCUCUUCCCAGCUCAUCUGCCAGUCAAACAAACGCUGGUCGGAUAAGGUCAUCUGUAAACAAAAGCGAUGUCCUACCCUUGCCAUGCCAGCGAACGGAGGGUUUAAGUGUGUUGAUGGUGCCUACUUUAACUCUCGCUGUGAGUACUAUUGCUCACCAGGGUACACACUGAAAGGAGAGCGGGCAGUCACAUGUAUGGACAACAAAGCCUGGAGUGGUCGACCAGCCACCUGUGUGGAUAUGGAACCUCCUAGAAUCAAGUGCCCAAGUGUGAAAGAACGUGUUGCUGAACCCAAUAAGCUGACAGUCCGGGUGACCUGGGAAACUCCAGAGGGAAGAGAUACCGCAGAUGGUAUUCUUACUGAUGUUAUCCUAAAAGGCCUCCCUCCAGGUUCCACUUUUCCAGAAGGAGACCACAAGAUUGAGUACACAGUCUAUGAUAGAGCUGAGAACAAGGGCACUUGCAAGUUUCGAGUUAAAGUAAGAGUUAGGCGCUGUGGCAAACUCAAUGCCCCAGAGAAUGGGUAUAUGAAGUGUUCCAGUGAUGGUGACAAUUACGGAGCCACCUGUGAGUUUUCCUGCAUUGGUGGCUAUGAGCUUCAAGGUAGUCCUGCUCGAGUAUGUCAAUCCAAUCUUGCGUGGUCUGGCACGGAGCCCACCUGUGCAGCUAUGAAUGUCAAUGUUGGCGUCAGAACAGCAGCUGCACUUCUGGAUCAGUUUUAUGAGAAAAGGAGACUCCUUAUUGUGUCCACACCCACAGCUCGAAACCUCCUCUACAGACUGCAACUGGGAAUGCUGCAGCAAGCACAGUGUGGCCUGGAUCUUCGACAUGUCACAGUAGUAGAGCUGGUAGGAGUAUUCCCAACCCUCAUCGGCAGGAUCAGAGCAAAGAUUAUGCCUCCAGCUCUAGCUCUGCAGCUCAGACUGUUGCUUCGAAUCCCACUCUACUCCUUCAGCAUGGUUCUGGUGGAUAAGCAUGGCAUGGACAAAGAACGCUAUGUCUCCCUCGUGACACCCAUGGCUCUCUUCAACAUCAUUGACACAUUCCCCUUGAGAAGAGAGGAGAUGAUCCUGCAAGCUGAGAUGGGCCAGUCCUGCAACACCUGAUGUGGUGUUACCCUCUUGGCAGUUCUGCAUCUCUUUUUACAAAGUGCCAUGCACAUGGGAAGGCCUUCAAAAUACAUUUGAUGUACAGAUUUUCUUUGUAAUUUUUAAAGUCUAUUUUAUUAUGUGCUUUCUUUGCCCUUAAAAUUUGGCAUAAUACCUUUUUUUAAACUUUGAAAUAUUUCAAAAUAUAUAAACAUAUCUACUCUAA